UCCCGAGAGACACGAAUCUUUCCUGUUGCUGACCUGCUCUGCUCUGCUCGCCCAGCUUCUCCUCCUUCAUUCAACUUUCAACUUCUGGAGAAAUACAUACAUAGGGUGGCCCGCGAGUGAGUGUGACCCGAAAACCCCCCUCUGUUCUUCUCCUCGCCCGUCUCUGGAAUUCGAUCGCCCAGCACACUCACCACUGCAUUUGUUCACUCGACCCCCCUAUUGUCUCAUUCCACUUACUCUUGAGCAUCAAUCAAAUAUAUCGGGACAACCUCCAAAACGAAAAAAAAGGAACAAAGAUGGCUAGAUCCUCAUACUCGGACGAGCACAUUGCCUCCCGGAGGGACUCGGCCUACCCCACGCCCCGCGAGCCCUACGGCUACCCGACCUCAUCCGCGCGAGAGUCGAGAUGGGACGUCGCUGAAUAUUCUCUCAGGCCGACCGCGAGGGCCCACGACGCCCCCUCAUCAUCAUCAAGAGCCCGCUCCCGAUCGCGCUCCCGCUCCCGCUCCCGCUCAGCCAGACCGCCCCCCUCGCGCGACAUGCAUCGCAAGAAGCGACGCAGCGGCGGCGGCGCCUCAUCGUCGCCGACGGAACCUCCGGCCGCUGUCGUCCCCUGCAACGCCUUCUCCCCUUCGGCCAUGAUCAACAACCUCCAGAGCGCCUUCACCGCGUUCCAGUCCAUGCCCCAGCUCUCCUCGUCGUCCUUCGAGCUGGGUCCUCUGCCGGACACCCCUGUGACGAACCUCAUCAACCCAAAGAACCUCACGCCGCCGCCCUCGCAGGCCGUCCUCCACGACCGUCUCGCCACGAACCUGCCGCGCCACAGCAACGUCUACCUCAUUCUCCUGGUCGGCACCCUCCUGGCGACGCACUGGCUCGUCCUCGCCGCCCUGUUCGGCGUCGUCAAGUUCGGCUUCUUCAUCCAGUCCUACAACGGCCGCGACCUCGCCCGUGACCUGGGCGUGAGGAAGUACGCCUCCACUCAGAGCAUCAUGUCCGGCUUCGCCGCCGCCGCCGCCAUCGUCGGCCUGUGGGCCUUCUCCUCGCUGUUCAGUGUCGUCUUCACCCUCGUCAAGGUCGCCGGCCUCGUCCUCGUGCACGCCGCGUGCUUCGAUGUCUCGGCGGCCCCCGCGGCGCCGGCGGCUGGUCCUGCUGCUGCGCCGGCGCCCUCGCCCGUCCCGGCACAAGGGUUCCUGAGGCCGCACGCGGCUUGGGGCCAACUCUCGCGAGAGGCAGCCAACGUUGCCGCGCAGUUCAGGUCCGCAAGCGAGGGGCAGCUUAGGUCCGCGAGCGAAACCAACCUCAGCGCGCCGUACCCAAGUGGAGGGGAGGCUAAUGGGUGGUACGCUGGCGAGGGAUACACGGGUGCCCCGGGGCAAGAGACGUACACUGAGAUGCCCCUAACGCCGCGCACAUACGAGGCCUACGCUCCCGCGCCCAGCCCGCGCAGGGAGGAGCGCGAUGGUGGCGACCUGGCGUACGGGUAUUACGAACCUGGGCGGCCGCAGAGCUACGCCUCGGGGAGAUCGUACUGAGUGGUGGGAGAAUAGGUAGCUAGGCUACAUCAUCAAAAGCCGUCGUUGAAUCGACGUUACGUUUGGGGCCAGUAAGACGACCUUGACGAAAAUAGAAACUUUGCUCAUCGCAAGCAUUCCAUGUCGAGACAACGCUCUCCAUCAACGACCCCACUGGGUUGUUUGACAUGCCGGAGCAGUGUCUCUGGGUGUACGAUGCAUAUGGAGCGACGGGUUGGGCUUAUAGCUAAAGCUGGAAUUAUAGGUUCAAAUUAUUCACACGAAUUGCUGGAUAUUGA